AUGGGGCGGAAAAAAGUAGUUAAGAAAGAGGAGGGCCGUCGCAAAAAGUACCUGGACAAAAAGGUACCAGCAGAAGGCGAAGAGAGACGAAAGGCCCUGAAUAAAAUCUAUGAUGCUGCCAGAAGGGAACGAGACAAGAAGAAGGACAACAAAAAGAAGGAAGCUGAGGAUGGCAAUGCUGAUGCUGAUGGGGGGCAACUUGGACAACUUGUUCCUGUUGCAGUGGCAGUGGGGAAGCAUGAGAAGCCAUUGACUGUUGACAUGGGGGUUCAGUGCAACAUCAUCGAUGACGCCUCUUGCCACAGCUGCCAAAAAACGGAGGAAAAGUAUCUCAAUGAGAUCUACCAGUUAAGUUCUCAGCUCUGGGAUGCGAAGAACGCCUUGAGGAGACAGCUGAACUUGGCCAGUCGAAAGAACUUGUAAAAGGAACACCUUGAGGAGACAGCAGAACUUGGC